AUGAACGCUGAAUUAGAAACAAGCCACAAUUAUAAUACUUCAAGAUGUUUGUGGCUAAAACAGGCUCUCGCUUUCCUGCCGGGGUCCUGCGCUUCCCUGGCGCUGGGGCAUCUCGACCUGCCGGCUCCGCUGCCCCUGGUGAUCUGGCAUGGGAUGGGAGACAGCUGUUGUAAUCCCUUAAGCACGGGCGCUAUUAAACAAAUGGUCGAGAAGAAAAUACCUGGAAUUUACGUCUUAUCUUUACAGAUUGGGAAGAUCCUGGUACAGGAUGUGGAGAACAGCUUUUUUUUGAAUGUUAACUCCCAAGUAAAAAUGGUGUGUCAGAUUCUUGCUAAGGAUCCUAAAUUGCAGCAAGGCUACAAUGCUAUGGGAUUCUCCCAGGGAGGCCAAUUUCUGAGGGCAGUGGCUCAGAGAUGCUCAUCACCUCCUAUGAUCAAUCCCAUCUCAGUUGGGGGACAACGUCAAGGUGUUUUUGAACUCUCUCAGUGCCCAGGAGAGAGCUCUCACAUCUGUGACUUGAUCAGAAAAACACUGAAUGCUGGAGCUUACAAUAAAGCUUUACAAGAAUGCCUGGUGCAAGCAGAAUAUUGGCACGACCCCAUAAAGGAGGAUAGCAACCACAGCAUCUUCUUGGCAGAUAUUAAUCAGGAGAGAGGUGUCAAUGAGUCCUACAAGAAAAACCUGAUGGCCCUGAAGAAGUUUGUGGUGGUGAAAUUCCUCAAUGAUUCCAUUGUGGACCCCGUGGAUUCUGAGUGGUUUGGAUUUUACAGAAGUGGCCAAGCCAAGGAAACCAUUCCCUUACAGGAGAGCACCCUGUACACACAGGACUGCCUGGGGCUAAAGGCAAUGGACAACGCAGGACAGCUGGUGUUCCUGACUCUCGAAGGAGACCAUCUUCAACUGUCUGAAGCAUGGUUUUAUGCCCACAUCAUACCCUUCCUUGAGUGAAACCCUUGUAGUUUGCACCAGAGCUCAGGGAACCCCUCACACUUCCAAACCAGUUCCCUCCAUGCCCAAGCCUGAGCUCAGAUCCAGCUAGCAACUAAUCCUUCUCUCGUCACCAUCUAACAUGCCCUGCUUGGAAAGAUCCAAGAUUGGAAUCUUAUACUUUGCCUCAUCCUAUCAGCAUAUGGUGUUGAAUGCAAGUUUAAUUAGCUAAUAACCAUGGAGAUUGUUUUACAACCCUUUG